AUGAUUCAAUUUGCUUCAAGACUUGAUAAUUUAAAUGAGUCAACAAUUGAUCAAAUCAAAACAGCUCAUCAAUUAAUAUCAAACUAUAUUGAAAUAGAUAGUUCAAAAUUAACUUCAUACUAUUAUUUUAAAACAUUAUCACCAAUUAUUGAAUCAUGUAUUACCGUUAUUGAAGAUCCUAUAGAUUGUAAAGAAUCAUCAUCGAAAUGGAAAGAAAUUACAUUAAACCUAAUUGAUAAUGAUAUGAUUGUUACAAUUAAAGAUAAAGAAACAAUCGAUUGGUUAUCAGAUAUUGAAACAGGUGGUUGUAGUAAUUUAAAAAUAAGAGAUGCUUUUAAUUCAAAAUUAAAUCAAAUGAAACUUGAUUUUAGUUCAUCAGAAUUAUUAAAAUAUGCAAGAAUCAUAUUUAAACAAAUCGUUUCAAUUUUAAAUUUAAAUAAAGAGUUGUGGGAAAUUCACAUUUUACAUACUCAUGACACUGGAAAUAAAAUAAUAAUUCAUUAA